CAUCUACAGGCAAAACCUUAGUUGGUAUACACCUCGCCUUCGUUGGUCACCACAUACCUACGGUCAUCCAGCUUGAUAUCCCACCAACAAUUCAAAAUGCCACCAAAAGGAAGCUCCGCGCUAACGCCAAUGCGCCUGCCUCCUCUCCCAAAACUCCGAGUCCGCCGUCCAAACCAAGCCGAAGCAAAUCCAUGCCUAGCGAUAAUGAGCACCGUCCUAAGUACAACCACCCGCCCCAUUUCCUGCCAUAACUGACCAGAGGAUCAGCAUGUUGGGCAUCAUCCGGAUACAAUGUAGCAGGCUGCGCAGCUCUAGAAACACAAUUACGGACCUGUAUGGACACGCCUGUAAGCCCCUCCAAACCCCCACCACAUCCAGACCAAACACUAACCCCAAUCACCAAACUCAGAGACUCAAGAGCCAAAAGAAGAACACGAUCAAUCAUCAUCUAUCGCGCAUGUACCCCAAGAUUUCCGGUCCGAGGAAGAGGAAGUGA